AACAACAAAAAAACAAUAAUGGAUGGUCCAGCAUGGUUAAACUUGACUGGGAAAAUCGUAUUAAUUACAGGUGAGAACAAGAGUUCACAUUAAAAUUAUUAUUAAAGUAUAUUUUAGCAUGAAUGGACGCAGUGGGGCAUUGUUUAAAGAAAAAAGAUUUGAGUUUCCGCGAGCAUAAAAACUUAUUAAAAACCCCGACCCCAUGCCAUACUUAUUAUUUCGUUACAAUUACUUACAUUACAUAACAUAAAACAGUUUAUAAAUUUAUGACAAUUUUUAAUUGUUCAAAUUCAAUUCAAUGAUUAAUAUUAGAGCUAAUAUAUAUCAACUGGGAGGUUUAAAAUAAUAUCCUGCAUUUUUUAAACUUUCAAAUUUUAGUCUUUUAUUAUUUGUGACUUUUAAAUUUAAAUUAAAAUUGUAUAAGUUAUAAGUAUAAGUUUAUAAGUAAGUUAUUUUGAAAAAAAGUUAUUAAUUAUGCCUAAACUUUCCAUAAGUUAUUAUAUUAUAAGCAAGCCAUUAUCUUUCAUAAUCUUAUUGAUUAAUCAUGUAAAAUGAAGCUGAAAAGUGUGGAUUUUUUAAAUAUAUUAUAUAAUUAUAAUUAUUAUAUUGUAUCUCCCUGUCAAUGUUUAAUUUCUCUUUGAAUUUAUACAAUUUUGCUGCACAUAUUUUUGUAAUUGGUGAAAAGAGAAAGGGCAAAUCCAUAAAAUUUUUGAUAAUGAUAGAUUAAAAGCUCCUUUACUGGCUUUAGACUAAGGCUUAAGCAGUGUUUCUUUCAGGCAUCUCUCUGAGGUACAGCCCCCCCCCCCCUCCCCUGGAGAAAAAUGUGUACAACAAUGAAGCGAAUAUAUAAUCUAUUUUAAAAAAAAACAACUUAUUGUCAUUUUUAUAACUCUUUUAACUGGAGAAAAAUGUGUUAUAAAAUAAUGAAAAAAUAUAAGUUGCGGCCAAAAGAAUACCCUGUAGUACGCCACACUCUACCUGAAAUGUCCCCUUGCUGGAUCAAAUUUUCUGAAAGAAACACUGAUUAUCAGGUAUAUGCCAAAUCGCAACCCAAGAUUUUGAAUUUAUCAAAAAAUUUCUGGGGGAGAGUUCAACCCCUCCACAGACUCCUCCCAAUUUUUGCUCGGUAGUCAUCGCCUCCCUCGCUUUCUGCCCGCUUAACCUGCUCAAAAUGACAGUGUGGCACCCUUUUAAGAAAACACCACUGGAUGUUAGUAAUUAAGAUGACUAAAAAUAUAUUAUUUUACUUUAUUUUUUUAUAUGUUUGGUCUAUUAAUGUUCAAGGGGUAAAACUUAGCUGGGACCUAAAGUAUGCCUUCAAAUACAAUUAAUUUAGUUUAUGUUGGGUGAAGUUAUACGCCCAUUGGUGUAAGUGGUAAGUGCCACCCUCGGCGGGCUUAGAUUUUUGCCACCCGUUGCAAUGAUGAAAGUCUGCAGUAGGAAGAUUUGCUAAUUAAAAAGGGACCCUUGGGCCGGACCGCCAUCUGCGCCCACCCUUCCUAUGCCACGGGCACUGCCCACCCAAACAUCUGAAAUAUAGCUUAAGGUUUUAUAAAUUUAAGAACUAGUUCUUGUGAACCAGUAGGAUGAAACCAUUGUCUAUAAUAUAAUAAUAUAAGCAUUUGAAUGUAGCCUAAUGUUUAAAUCAAAGUGAAGUUAACAGAAGGUUGUGAAUAAUAUUUCUAAAAAUAAACUUACUGAUCCUACAGCAUUGAUAGAAAGUUUUCUUUGAUUUUCUAAUUGUUUAUUAAUUUUUUUUUUAACACUGUCUUUACCAGUUGGAAUAUAUUUCUGUAGGCUUUUAUGUUAGCACUGAUCCAAUCAAAUGAUUAGAUAACUACCUCUCUCCCCCACUUGAGCUUCUAAGGGAGAACUUUAUUUUAAAGUAUAUAUUUAGCAGAUUUAACCCUUAGUUAUGACAUGUAUGGUGAUGACACAUACACUUUAACAUGACUAAACAGUCUAAAUAGUUGAAACAUAAUGAAGUUAAACUCAGAGGUUUGGUUAAACUUAUUAUAGUCAUUUAAAGACCUUAGAUAAUUCUGAUAAUAUAGAAGUACGCAUAAUUUAAAUAACACACGAGGAAGAAGAAAGAACAUACAAUUUUUUAAUAGGCUUAUGCUGAUACACAUUUAGAAAUUAUAAGCUUAUGUUAAAUUUUAAAAUAGUAAACAUAUUUGAAUUUUUCAAUAAUAUGCAUUAUUAAAUUUUAUAUGGUAUUUAAUCUUUGGCGCCGAUCAUAGAUUUUAUGCAAUCUUGAUUUGUUGUAGAAGUCAACUAUGAAAAUUUUAUGUUUGGUCCACGUGCACUUGAAUUGUCCUGUCCAGUGUAGCAGGUUGGGAAAAAUCAUUAAAACAGUGCUUGUGGGCUGCUUUGUGAAAGGGGACAGCAAAAAGAAUAGCUUGCCCCAGACGGCAUUAACACUAGCUGCGCUGCUGCGUGUGAACUGUAAUUAAUUUGUUUAUUUUUAAAAAUGUUUUUAAAAUGGAAAAAAAUGACUAAUUACUUCUCAGCCACCAGUCCUGGUACUAAAAAGGUCAGAAUAUUAACAGAUACAAUGACAGAAUAUUAACAGAUACAAUGACAGAACACACAAAAAUAGAUAGAUCUGAAUCUGAUCUUGAGAAGUAAAGAUAAACUUCAAAUUUAAUGACCUGUGACAAAAUUUAUGUUUUUUUAACUACAGGCCAUCGAUAAAUGACAUCAUGCUAUUUUGGACCCUCCUCCCCAUUGUCACAAAUUUGUCACAUACUUGUCACACAAUUUAGACAUCCUUAUAAUAGUUCAUCAUAAAGUCAUGACAUCCCCCCCCCCCCCUGCAUGACGUUAUAAGGGGUGACCCCUUAAAAUAUUAACAAGAUGUGAGUACUGGCAUCAUUUUUAUUCCAAAAAAAAGCAUUAUUAUGAAAAAAGGUUGUUGUGUUUCAAACAAAAUAUUCUUCCAUCAGGCUCAGCUCCCCCCCCCCAGAAGAUAUUAAUAUAUGACAAGAAAGCUGACACAAUCACUGUCAAGUGACUUUGAUAUUUUUAUUCCAAAAAAAAGCAUUAUUAUGAAAAAAGGUUGUUGUGUUUCAAACAAAAUAUUCUUCCAUCAGGCUCAGCUCCCCCCCCCCCAGAAGAUAUUAAUAUAUGACAAGAAAGCUGACACAAUCACUGUCAAGUGACUUUGAUUGACAUGGAAGAUGGCAUUAACAAACCAACCAAUACACCAUGGCUGUACUAAAUAUUUAUUUGUGUUCAUGUGCUUGUGCUGGUAUAAAUAUUUAUUUGUGUUCAUGUGCUUGUGCUGGUGUAAAUAUUUAUUUGUGUUCAUUUGCUUGUGUUGGUAUAAAUAUUUAUUUGUGUUCAUGUGCUUGUUUUGGUAUUAAUAUCUAUUUGUGUUGCUAUAACUAUUGACUUAUCAGGUGCUAGUGCUGGUAUUGGUGAGAGCGCUGCCCUGGAGUUUGCCAGACAAGGUUGCCAUCUGAUGCUCUGUGGACGUGACCUUCAACGGCUUGAAGAUGUCAGAGAGAAAUGUUUGAAGGAAGGAGAGAACAUCACAGUUAGUAAAUUUAUUUCAUGUCCACUCCUGCAGUUAGUUUGAAUUGACUACACAUACUGCCCUCCGCAUGAAUGAGAUUCUCCUACAAAUAUAAAAUCUAACCCGAGAAAUUCCUUGUAAUCUUCUCUGGGCUGCUUUGCUUGAAAUUGGCCCAUUGCAUGAAUCUGUUCUUCUCAUCUUUGAAACUGUCCCUAACAAUUUCAUUAGUAUCAACUAUCUGAUUAGUAUCAACCAUUUCAUUAGUAUCGGCUACCCUUUAUUUCAUUAGUAUCAACUAUUCCAUUAGUAUUAACUAUUUCAUUAUUAUCACCAAUUUCAUAACAAAAUGUAUCAAUUUUGCUCCAUGAUGGCUUGAAGGGCUUUAAGAUGUGUACCGGGAUACAUCAGAACCAAAGGAUGCAGUUCCCAUACUCUCACUGAAACAACUUCUAAAAUGUGCUGGUGGAAAAACAAUAGAACAAUUGUUUUCCAAUAUUUUUUUCUGAAGUAUGCAGGCUCCACUCAUACGCCCUGUAUUACUUGGAAGAGUAUCAAAACACAUUGCCUUUACUUAGCCUUUACUUUUUUCUUUGAUCCCCCACUCUUCCAAUAAAUAUGCAUGAUUCAUUUCCAGACUAAAAUAAUUGCUAAAAUUGUUAGUUACCUCCAGACUUAAUUCAUUGCUGAUAUUGCCUGGCUAAAAUUGUCUAGCUAACAUUUUCUAGCUUACAUUGUCUAGCUUACAUUGUCUAGCUAACAUUUUAAAAUGAAAACUUUUUGCCCUGUAGGUUCAAACUUCAAGUGGGGACAUUACUGAGGCAGAUGUGCAGAGAAAAAUAGUCGAUGACACUUUGACAGCUUUUGAGCGUAUUGAUAUUUUAGUAAGUCGUAAGAAAGAUGUUUCAAUUAACAUUUUCCUUCUGGCAUAGUAUCUAAGAUCAAAUAUCCUUCUGGCAUAUAUGAGAUCAAAUAUCCUUCUGGCAUAUAUGAGAUCAAAUAUCCUUAUGAUUAUAUUUUGUGAUACAUUCUUGUACAUUUUGUUUGGUGGGGGCUGUAUUAACAAACAGUGAAUUUCAAAUCCUAUGGUUUUUGGAAGACUACAGAAGCAAUGAAGGAAUCUGAUAUUUUCUGACUGCACCAUCCCCAAAAAAUUAAAAAUUUUUUCUCCCCUUGGUAAGGGUCAGAAGUUAGUUAUUUGGUUUUCUUCAUUAAGCAGAGUUUAUAUUUAAAUCACAAUUUAAAAAAAGGCUGUGAGAAAUCAUGUAUUCAUUGGGACACAGAUAAAAUCUAAAACUCUGAUGUCCACUUUAAUGUAAAUAAGGACUUCAAGAAAAAAGAGUUUCAAACUAAGUUUCUGAUUCAUGUUUUACAUAACACCGUUUUCAUGAACACGUUAGAUAUAGUUGUUUGUACCAAACAUAGUUAUUUACCAAUUAUAGCUACUUACCAAAUAUUGUUACAUACCAAUUAUAGUUACCAAUUAUUGUUACAUACCAAUUAUAGUUACUUACCAAUUAUAGUUGAACCGAAUCAAAAGUUUUUUUAACACUUGUCUGUAUAUCAAGACAGAUCAGUGUGGACCUCAUGUGACACCGGUAUAUCACCACUUACAAAAAUUUGCUGUUUCCUCUACUUCCAGGUCAACAAUGCUGGUAUGAACAUCGUCCGUGACCCAAUCACAACAGGCAGAGAUGAUUAUGACCAGAUCAUGAAAACCAACCUAGAGAGUGUAUUUUUCCUGACACAACUGGUCAUACCGCACUUGAUUAAAUCUAAAGGUCAGAUUCAACAUUUUAGUUGACCUCCGGUUUGCCAUAUUUUAUUAGAAACACAAUUUUUUCAGUUAGUAAAAUUUAAAUUUGUGGAGAUUUGUUUCCUGAUACUAUCUUUUUGUUUAUUCCAGGAAACAUUGUCAAUGUCUCAAGCAUCGUCGGUGACAAGCCUGUACGUAUAUAUUAUUGGAUUGGAUGAUAAAGUUAUAAAUAAUUUAUGUUUGGAGUUUAACAUUGUGUGAGGCCCUAGGCUAAAAUAAUUUAAAUUUUGUUUAAAUUGCAUUGAAGAUUGAAGUGACUGACAGAAACCUCCACUAGAGCUCUGUAAUGAUUUUGUUUCAGAUACCAAAAGCUGUCGUAUAUUCAAUGUCAAAGGCAGCCCUUGAUUCUUAUACGAUGUCACUAGCAAUUAGUACGUACCUAACCUUAACUGCACAUACAAUUUAUGGCAGGAGAUUUUGAAAAAUAGAUGUUAGUAGAUUAAGGUAAUGUAGAUAAAUCAGAUGAAAGUAUUGAAAGUAGAUUUACGUAAAAAUAUGAAGGUAGAUUAAAAUAGACUAAUUGGAUAAAUUAUAUGAUAGCAGAUUUAGAUAAAGUAUAUUAAAGUAGAUUUGGAUGUAUAUUAAAGAAGAUUUAGAUAAAGUAUAUUACUCUGGACAUAAAAGAGAAGAUGGGGAUGAAGUAGAUGUGAAGUUCAGGACCUGCUGCUAUUCUAAACCUGUGAGCACUUACUAGAUUUUGAUAUUUUAAAUGUAUUAGGCACCGUAUUAGGUCCAAGGAAUUAUUCAUUUUGUUAACAGUUGCAAAGUAUUAGUCAUUUUGUAAUCAGGUCCACUAUUUAUUCAUUUUGUCUUCUCAAGCACAAGACAUUUUCUUAGACUUUGGAAAUACCCAGCCGGCCUUCUCCCUUUUUCCCAUUGGUUUGGAUGAAAAAGAAAAUUUUAAAUUGAGUUUCCUGAUAAUAAAAGUGAACAUUAUUUCUCUAAGUAUAAUUGAGUUUUCCCAUUCUAGCGCUUGCUCCGCAUGGUGUCAGGGUGAAUUCUGUCAAGUAAGUUGAUUUUAUUUUUUGAGAUUUAAGUUGAUGAGGAGACACUUAGGAUCAGAUCAUACUAGCAAUUACAGUGGGUGGAAUACUUAUUGCAUGGGGAACUUUGAUGCGUUCAUUGAACUAAACCUUUUGCAGCAGAUUUAGUUUGGGUUGGCCAAAGGAUUUUAAUUGAACCCUUGAAAUGUUGACAGCCCUGGCUCUGUGGUGACCAUGUUAUACAGGAGAGGGGAGGAGGCUUACACAGAUGACCAAUAUGCACAGGUACAUACAACUGAAGAUUUAACAUAUCAUUUAACCAUAUUGAUAUUAUUAUCAAAUAGUAAGGUGUCUGCAGGGGAAAAUAAUUCUAAAUUUAUUGGCAGUUUCCAGCACAUCAUAAUAAUGAACAAUUUCAUGAUACGUAGUUUGAUUUCUGCAUAAACUUAUAGUUACAGCAAGGGCUAGUGUAGUUACUUUAAAUAGGUUGAUUACUCUCACACCACACCAAUUAGAGUUCAAUUCAUGGUUGAAGCCAGGAAUAUUUACCUUUACCUUUCUGAUCACCAACUCCGUUACUGUUGAUUCUUUUAUGUGUAUGAGAGAUGAAUCAUUGACUGCAAUAACUUAAAGAUUUGAUAAUAAAUACGGACCAACCGAUGAGAAAUUGUUGCAUAUCCGAAUCAUCAAACCAAUGGGGCUAGACUUAAAAAUUAUAGUUUUGUCAAUAGGCUUCACCAGGGUUGGUGUCGCUCAGCAGUAAACUCUUGGGGUCAGUACCCCCCUCGACCCGCAUAGAGUAAUUCUUAACCAGAUCAUAUAGAACUGCUUACAGCAUUGUUUGUAAAUAUAAUUCCUAAAGCAACACAAGACAUAGGAAGACACAUACGAAGACAGCAUAAAAUUUGAGGUAACAAUGUUACAAAAUGUAACAGAGUUACCAAUUAAUAAUGCAUUAAACUUUACUGUUAAAAUGUUACUAUUAUUACUUUCCUGGUCUGCAAAUAUAAAAGCAUAUCAGUCAGCUCAUCAAAAUCAAGACUCUUGACCGUAUCACUCUCAGUUGACAAAAUCACUAGACCAGAAGACCUGUACUGGUUGUUGGGAAACAGUUCUUUAUAAGUUUCAGUUUGGAAAAGAUCAUCUCAGAUGAAGCCACAGACCAUGACAAAUAAUUGCAGACUUAAUGAGGAUUUGGAUAGAUUCCCAAACCUGCUCUAGUGGAAUCCUGCUCAAUUGUUCUGGUUGCAACCUACUUUGAUGUCAACCUGCAGUGUCUACACACUGUUUUGUUGGCAACCUGCUGUGGUAGCAACCUGAUUGUGUGGUACCCUGCUCUGGUGACACCAUCCUCUGGUGGUACCCUGCUCUGGUGACACCAUCCUCUGGUGGUACUCUGCUCUGGUGACACCAUCCUCUGGUGACACCAUCCUCUGGUGACACAAUCCUCUGGUGGCACUCUGCUCUGGUGACACUAUCCUCUGGUGGUACCCUGCUCUGGUGGCACUCUGCUCUGGUGACACCAUCCUCUGGUGACACCAUCCUCUGGUGACACCAUCCUCUGGUGGUACCCUGCUCUGGUGACACCAUCCUCUGGUGACACCAUCCUCUGGUGACACAAUCCUCUGGUGGCACUCUGCUCUGGUGACACUAUCCUCUGGUGGUACCCUGCUCUGGUGGCACUCUGCUCUCCUGACACCAUCCUCUGGUGGUUCCCUGCUCUGGUGACACCAUCCUCUGGUGAACCAUCCUCUGGUGACACCAUCCUCUGGUGACACUACCCUCUGGUGGUACCCUGCUCUGGUGGUACCCUGCUCUGGUGGUACCCUGCUCUGGUGGUACCCUGCUCUGGUGGCAUGGGCGCCCGCAGAAAACUUUCUAGGGGGGGGGGCCAAAAAUCGAUUAACUUUCCAGGGGGGGGGGCAAAAAAUUUUUAGUAAUUUUUUUAUGUGGUUAUAAUUUACUGAGUGUAUUUGUAUNUUUUUUUUUUUUUUUUUUUUUUUUUUAUUUUUUUUUCCCCCCGCGGGGGGGGGGGGGGGGGGGGGGGACCAAGUGCCCCCCCCUUGCCCCUACCUGCGGGCGCCCAUGUCUGGUGGCACUCUGCUUUGGUUAAACCCUGCUCCGGUGACACCCUGCUCUGGUGGCACCCUGCUCUGGUGACACCCUGCUCCGGUGACACCCUGCUCUGGUGGCACCCUGCUCUGGUGACACCCUGCUCUGGUGGCACCCUGCUCUGGUGACACCCUGCUAUGGUGGCACCCUGCUAUGGUGACACGCUAUUCUGGUGGUACCUUGUUCUUGUAUUUUACUGAGUUUCAUUAUGUAACUAAAUUGAGUGAACCUUGUCAAAUUGGCAUUUUCCAUUUGGUGUCACCUCCCUUUUAGGAUGUCGCCUGGUUUUUUCCCCUAAUGAUGCAGCCGGUUUUGUCAUGCACUAAUCAAGAAUUGUGAAAAAGUCAUGUGAACGUUUACUGUUAGCUUUUAUUUUAUUUCAUGUGUACUACUAAUUUUUUCUUUGUUUCUGAAUUUUCUGAAUAAGUUUGAAAAGGCCCAGUCAUCCCCUGCUCUACACCCCCUUGGCAGAAUGGUCCUGACCUCGGAAGUAGCAGACUCUAUAGUAUUCCUGGCAUCACAACGAGCCAGCUUCCUGACUGGUCAAAUGAUAUAUGUGGAUGGUGGCAGACACUGUGUGGCCCCCCAACCCCAGCUCUAACAGGUCAAAUAGGCCAUAGGUCAUGGUGGAGAUUGGUUUAUUCAAAACAUUAACCUGUUCACAAGUUACUUCUAGUCAAAGACUAUUCAAACAAGGGGAGUAACAAAAAAGUAUUAUUUAAUCAGAAGUCCUUUAAGUCAUUUAACUUAAUUGAGAUUUAAAUUUAGAAAUGAAAGUGGUUUGAAUUGAACAGAUUCAUUCUUCAUUAGAUGAAGUGGUUUGAAUUAAACAUAUUCAUUCUUCAUUAGAUGAAGUGGUUUGAAUUGAACAGAUUCAUUCUUCAUUAGAUGAAUGCAGGACUGAAAUAAAACUUUUCACUACAUUAAUUAGACGCAAAGAAUUUGUGUAAACAAAAGAAAUAUUUUAGGCUUUAAUUAUGAUUACAGUUUUUUGUUUGAAUGUUGAAGGCAUCAGCUUAAAAAUUCAACUGUGUAUUUUGUCUAAUCAUAUUUAUUUAAAGCUUAACAUAAUAUAAUUGUUUUAACUGUUAGUGUCUCAUUAUCUUUAUUGUUCAUGAGGAGUGUGUAUUUAUCUCAGUUGUAUGACAGGACAGAAUCUAAAUCAUUGCUAAUUACUACUGUUGAAUAGUUGUCAAAUGAGGAACUUAGAGAAGUCCAAAUGUCUGAAUGCUAUGUGUAUUUAAGAAGUUG